CUAACCGCGUCUCGCCCAGAUAGACAGCGAGUACAUCACCAGAUUUAUUAACACAACGUCUGCUUAGCUUUAGACUAAGAAAGAAGUCUUCACCGGAGUUAUAAUGACAGUCCAUUUUAAGGGCAUCAGCAGGCAUCUGGGUAAACACAAGGCGAGGCGCGGGAGAAGCGCGUCACCACAGCGCGCCAUGCGAUUGGCUGGACUGCGCUCUGACCAGCUGGGAAUUUCCAGAGAACCCCAGUUUCAAUCCAAGAAGAGAGCCUACUUGAACCCACCUCAGGUAGCUACUUCUCUUCAGUGGGAAGAUCCUGGAACAAGGCCUGCUUCCCCUCCAGCUGCAGUGUCUGUAGAGAAGGUAGAAACCCCACUAGCCCCGAGACCAUCCAAACCAAGAAGAGCCUCAAAAACAACACUGGUUCAGAAAGAAUGCUUAUCUGAUCAUAUACCCAGGGCCUCUGCAGACCAGCAGACACAAAAACACCUGGCAGACGAGGUUAACCAUGCACUGAGGAAGAAGGCAGGCCUAAAGUCAAAUCGCCAAAGGACCCUCCGCCAGAGCUCUGAGUAUCAGAGGCAGUUUCUGUGGAAAACCCCAGCAGCCGAAUCACCUCUUCUCAAUGCCCAAGAGAUGUUGUACUCCAACAACAGAUCUAUACCACCUUUCAAAACUAAUCCAGUAGUAAUAGAGAGUGAGUACAAGAGGAACUUUAAAGGAUCUCCUCCACCCAGAGGUCCUCGCUUACGAAGAGAUAUGGAACUGAAUGAGAUUCCACCUCUGAAAAUAGAAAAUAUCUCACCAGAGAAGACUAAGAAGAAAAAACGACGGCAUCAGCGCCUCAGCAGGAAGUCAAGCACUAAAGAGAAAACUCUUCAUUCAGAGACACAGCAUUUACAGCAGAAAACGGAGACACUACAAGCCCGAAAAUGUGCUUCACCUAAAGUGGUGAAGACCGUCAAGACGGAAUAUAGUUCAAACUUCCGCUCUCCUGUUCAAUACUCCUACAGAGAUGGUGCCUGGGUCAGGUCCAGGACUGUAGGAGAGGAGGGUCACGAGUGGUAUCACGAGGUGCAGGAGUUACGCGAGAAAGCAGAAUCAUAUAGAAAGAGGGCCUGGGGAACCCAUUUCUCUCGGCAGCACCUGGGCCAGAUCCUGGCAGACCAGAACUUCAUGUGGGAGGUAUCUAGUGGUUCUUCUCCCUCCACUCUCACUGAUGAGGACCCUCACACCAACAACAGCCCCAUCAUUGAGGCCCUGGACCUAGCCAGUAUCAGAGAAAGCUGUAGCCCAAGUGCAUCGGUAUCCUUGUCCACAAGUAGGAGAAGCUCCUGUAAAGAGGCAGAGCUUCUCAGGAGCCCCAACCUUCCUGAACCAAGAAGAAUGGCAUGGGAUGAGGAAAUAAGCCCAUGUGAGAGGCGUUUGGCUGAGAUAAAACUGCACAGGAAGGAGCAGCCAGAGACCAAUGAGGAAGGACAUUUAAAUUGGCAUUUAGAAGAGAACAAGGAGGAGGACACUAUAGCGGUGAGCGAGCACUUGCCACAUGCAGAGGAGUCUGGAAGCUCCAGUGAUGAGGGCAGAUUGCCUACUCCCAAACUGAAAACAAAGCUGGCUGCACAGAGGACUCAUCAUGACCGCACUACUCCUGCAACUGGUGGUGCUAUACUGGUCUCCCCUGUAAAGGUUAAAUAUUUCAAGAACUCCAGAAGAAGUGAAGCACCACUUGGAAAAGCUCACUCACCUUACAGAUACCCCAGUUGUGUUUCAAUUCCAGACAAAAACAGCAAGACCGGCGAUGUAAGUCGUCGUCCUCUGGCUGCUGGGAUGGCAACAGUAGACCCACUGCCCUUAAGGGAAGACACAAGUGCUGAGGACUUUCCUGACACUUCGCCUGAUCAAAAAACUGCUAGGAAAAAAACUCAGAAAUGGCUCAUAGAGAAUACCCCACAAUAUACCAAAAGAAUCCAUGGUACACUAAGGAACCCUGAGUUUCAGCAUAACGGUAACCUGGGAGUCCAUCGGCCAGAGAGAAUCGCACUAGAUUCCUAUGACUGUCUGUCUGACAAUGACUUAGAUGACAGGAUGUCCCAGAUAUCAUUCCAGUCAGCAGCUUCCUGCUCCAUGGCAUCCCAGGUUUUGGACCGCGCUCAGAAGAGGAAAGAAGACUUCUGGGGAAAGAGUUAAUGGCUCUAUACUAAAUGUAUUAUUACAAUUCAGGGAACUAAGCAUUAGAUUUGUAUUUUUAUGUUUUAAGGUAUAUUUUGAUACUAACAACAUAGCAUGGUCAUAAGCAAGGGUUUUAAUGAACGUGCAUAAAUUAUUAUAAUUAU